UCAUUGAUGACGCGCGGCCCUCACGUGACCAGGAGUCGACGUGUGCAGAAGUCCUUAUAGUCGGAGCUUGUUUCCCUGUAGCAUUUCCCUAUUGCGGGAGGAGUACAGUGUCCUGGGUCCUCUCAGGACUCUUCGCCUUUGGGAGAACGACACAAAUCGAGUGAGGGAAGAAGGAGAAAAAUUCCCUGAAUCCCUACAGGAUUAAUUCAAAAAGGGAAUAAUAGAAAAAUACUCAACAUGCAAAAGUCUUCUGAAGAAAGUGAAGGAAAACCACAGAACAUGCCAAAGGCUGAGGAAGACCAUUCUUCAGAAGAUGUACCACAGGUGGCAGAAGGAAACCUUAGGAACGGGCUGACUCAACCUGUCCAGGAAUUUAAAGAGGACAGUCCGGUUAGGCAUUUGGACCCUGAAGAAAUGCUAAGAGGAGUAGAUGAGUUGGAAAGGCUUAGGGAAGAAAUAAGAAGAGUAAGAAACAAGUUUGUGAUGAUGCAGUGGAAGCAAAGACAUUCACGCAGACGUCCUUAUCCUGUGUGCUUUAGGCCUUGAAUUCUAUUUUUUUUUAAUCUGAUAGUAAAAUCUGGCCCCUGCUUUCUUUCUGUUAGCAUUUCCUGAUGUAUCUUUUACCUUCGUUUUACUUUUAAUCACCUGGUGGAAUUUUGUUUUACGUAGUUUUCUUGUUACCAGUAUCUUACUGGAUUUUGUAUUUUGACCCAUUCUCCAGGUCCAUUUUUCAGUUGGGAAGUUUCACACAAAUGCAUGAAAAUAUGUUCAUCCCAUAUUAUAAAGUAAAACAUAACAAGUUACAAAGCAGCAUAUUUAGUAUCAGCUCACGUUAUGUAGGAUAAAAAUCCCAAAUUGUGUGUAGGGGGUGUGUAUGUACAUACAUACAUGCAUACAUCAAAAACAACUGCUUAUUUCUCUGUGGUGUGAGCUUUCUGUUUAUAUGUAAUUUUUAAUGAACAACUGUCAAAGAAUUAAAUUUUUUAAAAUAAGAAAAUCAAGUAAUUUGCAACCAGCUUAUAAGGGCAAUGGGGGCAUCUAAACUCUUGAUGAAGAAUGUAAACAUCAAAUCACCUCUGGUCCUCUCAGCCAGAGGAAUAAAAUUGGCAAUUACAGACA